AUUUUGCGUUGUUUUGACGGUUGUUUGUCGUCGGGAACGGGAAAUAUAUAUUGUUUACGAUACUGUUUGUUCGAUGGAGAAUUCGCACCUAAAUAAGGCUCAUAUGUAUGGCAGAAGGGCCGAGCAUUAUGCAAAGAAUCGGCGAUACGACGAAUCUAUAGAGUGCCACAAAAAGGCAGUGUUUCAUUUCGAUGAAACGUUAAAGAUCAAAACUUCCGCCGUGGUGCUGGAGUCUUUGCAGCUCCAACGAAAGUACCACCAGAAGCAAAUCGACAGCUUACAGAUGAAGAAACUGCAGUACGAGCGCUACAUGCGAGCCCUCGAAUAUCAACGGCGUAAGAAUCCCGAAUUUCUGGCGCAGCAGAUCGAAAAGAUGGACAAGUAUAACGAACUACAGGUGGCGAUUUACCACAAUCUCGACGAUACCGAUGGGCUACUGGAAUCGCUGGGUAAAAGCAUCGCCGGACCCACCAAUCAUCCGACGGGAAGUGGCGACGGUACGAAGGUUGUUGGUGAGCUCGUGACGUUGAAUCAUUCGCUGCACAUAUUGAUACAGAAAAUGUCACAAAACAUCGACGAAUAUGCUACGGAAAAUGAGGAACUCCGAGAAAAGCUACGUUUCUAUGAACGGGAGAAGGAAACCGAUGGAUUGGCGGGAAAAGAGGGUGACUCUUCGAGUGUAGUGCAUAAAGGGCUUGGUGCCCAGAAGAAUGACGGGGGCUUGAGACACGACAAUCUCUCCACGCUGGCCCCAUUGGAGAUGCCCGUGUUCGAUUUGUCCGAAUUUGACAAUCACUGAAGUGAAGGAUUUGUGUGGUACUAUGUGAUAAGACUACUCAUAGGUAAUAUUUACUUUAAAACUGUUUAAGUUGAUAAUCGCGUGGAACGAGGGCAAGUAUAGAUAAUCCCAUGUGGGUGAUCAAGCAAAGUGUUUUCUGUACGUGCUUAAGUGUUAUUGUGUUGAAGCAAAUAAAAUUUGGAAACAUAAUGUGGAACAUGCGUAA